GACACAAUGAAAGCAGCCGAACAAUUGCUUUAGCCUCCAAAUUCUCACACUCCUGGUGACCUGCUGUGGGAUUUCCAAUUGAUGAACUUCACAGUUGUGCUGGUCCCUGCAGCCCCACGUAUUCUAAGCCACCACUCUCUCAAGAGCAACCCGAGCUAAGAGGCUGGCAUUCUACACUCAACAGGUCAAGUGCACCUCCUAGAAGUGUGCUAUAAACAGUGGGAGACAGCACAGAAACAAGGGCCUCUUUUGGCAGAGGAGAACUUCUAACCUUUUCUGUUUAAAAUUGAAACAUUUAAAAAGAGGUAAGUGUCUUUUGUACAUACUUUGGUUUAGUCUGCUUUCAUAUGAGGUUGUUUUCAUUCAUUAAAAGGAAAGACUUAGAGAGGAUAGCUCAUUAACUCAGACUGUUAUGAAUCCUUUACUUUGUUUCAAUAGUGACAUUUUAAACAAUGUUUAAAGGCUGUUAAUAUGAACUUGAAUGAACUCCUUACAAGUAAGCCAGAGUUUUGCAUCACCUGAAAGAUUCAGUGAUUGUUUUUGCUAGAUCAUUUGCUUUCCUAUUCCUGCAUUUAUCCCUGUAAUUCUGCAAUGUUCAUGGUAUAGUUUGCAUAGUAUUUUACAAAAAGGAGGGACAUAGAUAGGCCACCACUGAGAUAUGCAGCCAUGGAGUUGUUAGGUGCACAAUUCUAUUUAUAUAUUAAAGAGAUAUGUGUGUGCUCACUUGACCUUGGCACCUUUUCAACAAGACAGCUGGGCCAGACACAACAUCCAACGUGUGACUUACAAAACACAUUUCAACAUCACUGUGACCUGUUGCCCUUCAGAUGGCUGCAUGUGCACCUCCCACAACAAAUGGAUUUAUCAAAAAUGGUUAAACUCACAUCUGGUAGAAUGGUGGUGCAGAAGGUACACAUAGUUUUCUAGAUGCCAUAUCUGGGCCAGAUGUUCCAGCUAUCAUCUGUGUUGAAAUCUUUGCUGAAUAUUUAUGUGCGCUGGCUACAUUAUCUGUUUAGGUCUAAAACUUUCCAUUUUGAAUCUCCAUAAUGAUUGAUUUGCUGGGACCUGUGAUAGAGUGAAAGCCAUGUCAUUGCCAUGUGUUCUUACUGUGCAGAAGGUGUUGACGCAAUGGGAUGCUGUGCAGCCGAGGGCAUCAGUCAGCUGAUGGAGACAGAACUGAGUCAUUCUUCUCCAUGCUGUCUUAAGACAAAGCACAAGUGCUAGUUUGACAGGAUGCAGCUGGUUUUGUUAGCCACAGGAUGAGCAUUUGUUAGCCGACGUCCUGCUGGGCUGGAAGUCUUUCAUUAAGGCAGACCUAGAAUCUUGCAAGAUAAAAAACAUUACAGCAUUAAAACUGUAAACUCUGCUUUUGCUUCCAGUGUUCAGUUAAAAUGUGACUAUACAUUUAUAUUAUCAACAAUGGAUAAAUGGUAUGUCUUGCCAGGUGUUCUUUUAGGACACAGGAUCCUAUUAUGGCAGCUGCCAGUGUGUCUGUACCAGGUUCCACAGGCCCCACCUUCAGCUAUGAUGACUACUGUCUCUACGGCAACCUAUCUGAUGAUGAGCUCAUGCAGUUGGCAAUCGAGCGCAGCCUUGCUGAGUCACAUGGCAUCUCUUCUGAGGCUGAAAACACAAAGACCUCCACGGUGCCAAGCAGGCCAGCUCCAGGUGUUACAUCCCCAACUCAGCCAUCACAACGCUCUCAGCAGCUGCCACGAGCCCCCACACCACCCCCAUGCCCUCCUAACCCACCCAGGUACAGCAGAGACAAUGAUAAUCAACAGGCUGGUACCAUAGUUAGUCACUUUAUUACAGGCAAUGGCAGAAGAAUGGUGGCAUAUCGUAGAUAUGAUGGUACACUGGUUGAAAUCAAACCUGAAACUGAGGAAUUAGUGGAUCCUCUUUUGAAGGCUAUUUGGAAUGGAGAUAUGAAAUCUGUGAGACAAAUCAUCAAAAAGGCAGACUGCAACAUUCUUAUACCAAACCAAUAUGGAUGGCUUCCGCUUCAUGAGGCUGCAUACUAUGGCCAAGAUCAAUGUAUUCAAAUACUCAUCAGAGUACAACCUGGGAUGAUUAACAAACGCACAUUGAAGGAUGAGACAGCUCUUCUCCUGGCUGUGUCCAGAGAGAAUGUGAGAUGUGUGGAAUGCCUUCUUGAGAGUGGUGCAGACCCGGACAUUGCAAACAAGGACAAAGAGACACCUCUCUAUAAAGCUUGUGAGAAGGAGAAUGCAGCAAUUGUUGCCAUGCUACUAAAUCACAGAGCUACUGUCAACAAGAAUUGCAUUCAAGGUUGGACAGCACUCCAUGAAGCUGUGUGUCGGAAUAAUGUGGAGAUCUGUGAGAUGUUGGUGAAGGCAGGAGCUAAAAUCAGCAUACCCAACAUAUAUGGCAUCACACCCAUCUUUGUGGCAGCCCAAAGUGGGAAGCUGGAUUCACUUCGGUUCCUCUUGAAAAAUGGAGCAGAUAUCAAUAGCCAGGCAGCAGAUGGAGCCACAGCACUGUAUGAAGCCUGUAAGAAUGGUCAUGUGCCGAUUGUGGAGUUUCUUCUAUCUCAAAAUGCAGAUGCCAACAAGCCAGGCAAAAAUGGACUAUUGCCAAUACACAUUGCUGCUCAGCGAGGAAAUGAUAGCAAUGACCUCCUUACUUAUGGCUGUUCCCAUAAAAGUGACAAGGCUGUUAAAAUCGUGUCCAUGCUGAUUUCCGCCACCAGUAAGGCACGGGUGAGGCGCAGUGGCAUCAGCCCACUGCACCUGGCUGCAGAGCGCAACCGAGAUGAAGUCCUGGAGCUCCUGAUCGUCGCUGGCUUUGACGUCAAUGCCACACUGUCCGAGGACCGACGAAAUAUGUACGAGGACCGCCGCAGCACUGCUCUAUACUUUUCUGUCAUCAAUAACAAUGUGGAGGCCACCACCAUGCUCCUGGAGGCUGGCGCCAACCCCAACCUGGACACCUUUAGCCCCUUGCUUGUGGCCUUGAGGCAGGGGUGCAUGCGGACAGUGACCUUGCUGGUGGAGCACAGGGCGAACGUCAAUGCCUACAUCCCCACACACCCCACUACCUUCCCUGCUACCGUUAUGUUCUGUAUGAAGUACCUCCCAAUGCUUAAGUACCUGAUGGACAACGGCUGCGAUGCUCUGUCGUGUUUUGACUGUGUGUAUGGCUGCAACCCACAUCCCCCUCUAAAAACAACUCGCAGAGUCAGAGAUGACAUCAGGGAUGAGCCAACGGAGAAGACCUGUGUGCAGUUCUGUGAGGUGAUCUCCACUGACACUUACAAUCACUGGGCGGGACCCAUUAUAGAUGUGCUGCUGGAUUAUGUUGGUGAUGUGAAACUUUGUGCCAGGCUCAUGGAACACUUGGACGACUAUGAUGACUGGGCUUGCAUAAAAGAAAAAGCAAGUAGUGCCUCCACGGCCACUGCUGCAGCUCUGCAGACUGAAGAUCCGCCAUCUGGUUGGAACACACAGGCUGAAGAAAAUGAAAAAGUUACCCAUCCCUGGACGAUUGAUCAAAUACUUAAAUCAUGAGGAACGCUGUGAAGAUUUAUGAGCCUGUCUGGGUGUGCAACCUAUCUGGGUGUGUACAGCUGGUUUGGGUGUGUGUGUGUAUAUAUAUAUAUAUAUAUAUAUAUAUAUAUAUAUAUAUAUAUAUAUAUAUAAAUGUUAUGUGUAUAUGUAGAGUAUGUUUGCUUGCAGUUGGGGAUAAUAGACCAGGGGGCCAUGUUGUAAUGAAGUAAUUAUUGUAAUGAAGGCAUUCUUGCUAGGGUUAGGGUUAGGAUUUCUUCCAGUG